AUGAAGUUGGUAAUUAUUAAUUAUGUUCUCAUUGCUACUUUCAACCAUGUGCUUUUUGUCUUCAAAGUUCCUGCUACUAUUUGUGAUCGAAUUGACUCGUUAUUGUCUCGAUUUUGGUGGAAAUCUAAUAAGGAUUCUCGGGGGCUUUCUAUGGUUUCCUCUUCACUGUUACAUCUCCCUAAAGGUUUAGGAGGUUUAGGUAUUCGUCAUAUUCAUUCUUUUAAUCUGGCUUUGUUAGCAAAGCAAGUUUGGAGGUUGCGGUUUAAUCCACAGCUUUUGGCUUCUCGGGUCCUUAAAGCUAAGUAUCCUGCUUUACUUUCUUCCAAACCUCUGAUUUCUUCUCCUCGUCCUUCUUGGGGUUGUCGUGGUUUGUUGGAAGGUGGUAGAGCUUUAUCUCAGGGUCUGGCCUGGAAGAUAGGCUCAGGUACCCAGGUUAGUAUUUUACAGGAUUACUGGGUGCCUAAUAUUAAGGUUGAAUUCAAGGAUUGUAUUCCUGUGGAGGAUCGUCCUUUGAUGGUGUCUGAUUUAUUACUCCAUGAUACUGGGAUAUGGAAUUUGUCGUUAAUUCGGCAGCUCUUUCCUGUUUCUGUUGCUUCGGUUAUUCUUGGGCUUGAGCGGCCAAAGCAACAUAUUGAUGAUUUUGUUUACUGGAAAUAUAAUAGGGAUGGGGCUUUUUUGACUAAAUCGGCAUAUGCUGCUCUUGUAUCUCAACACAUUUCGUUUAGGAGUGUGACUACUGAUUCCUCUUGGUGGAAGCGUUUUUGGGGUCUUCCCAUUCUCCCUAAGUGGAAAAUGUUGGCCUGGAAGGUUUUACACAAUGCCUUUCCAACGGCAGAUGUUCUAGCUCUUAGGGGCAUUCCGAUUGAUGCUACUUGCAUAUUUUGUCAUGGUUCUUCGGAAUAUGUGGUUCAUCUUUUUCGGGAAUGUCCUUUUACUUCGCGUUUGUGGAAUUCUCUUGCCUCUACUUCAUCUCCUUUGCCUGAGGUUCCUUUUCUUUUUUCUGAUUGGUUUACUUCUAUUAUUACUAGUUAUGCUUCUUCUAAGCAUUGGCUUGCUUUGGAUCGUUUCUUUGGGAUGUGUUGGGCUAUCUGGAUUACUAGGAAUAAUGUUCGUUUUCGUUCAGUAGUCUUUUCCCCCCAGUGUAUUUUGGAUCUUGCAUUGGAAUGGAGUGUUAGAAGUGGUAAGGCUCGUGAAAUGGCUGCUUGUUGUCCCGGUAUUCCUCCUGGGUUCUCGUCUUAUCCUACUUGGCAAGUGUUAAGGGGUGAAGCUUCUGUUUUAUGGGAAUGUGAUGUUCUGAUGUGUUUUGAUGGGGCAUGGGAUCGAGGGAAUUAUAGUGCUGGUGCGGCCUGGUGUUUUUUGGAUCCGGUUUCUUCUCGUUGUAUUGGGGGUGGUGCUCGAGUUUGUAUGGCUAGUUCUGCUCUUCAUUCUGAAUUGUUGGCAUGUCUUUUUGGUCUUAAACAUGCUCGGCAACAGGGUAUUGUCAGCCUCUGCCUCCUUACUGAUUGUUUGUCGGUUCCUAAGAUGAUUCAGUUUGCUACGUCGGAUAUUUCGCUGAUCUGGACGAUUCAGGAAAUUAGGGAUGUUAUUUCUUCCUUUUCUUCUUGUCAUAUUCGUAAGGUUUCCAGGUCUUCGAUUGGUGAAGCUCAUUCGCUUGCAGGUGCAGCAAGGCGUAGAAUUUUACUUUGUUUUAGUUUUUAG